UGAAUGGGAUGGGUGGGAAAAUCGAGGAAAGGGGGUAAUUCCUCCCUAGGGCGUGAAGUACCAGCCAGGGGCGGGGCUUCUGCAUUCUAGGGGAGCGGGAAAUAUAGGGGGCGGAGCCUAUGGGUCCCGGGGCGGAGCCUCCAGACUCGAACCAGACAUCCGUGGGGCCGCGCGGGCUAAGGAGCGAGGCUUGUGGGUCAAAUGAGACGGGUAGAUGGCCCCUAAGAUUUACUCUCGUGCGUGGGGCACAUUCACGAAGGCUUUGAGAAAGGGAGAGGGAGCAGAAGUCCUGACCAGCGCCCCUUCCGGCCCCCCAGGAUGUGUAAACAGCGGCACGUGGACCCAGAUUUGGGGGACGCACCCACGCCCCAUCCUACAGGGACCGCAUCGCGUGGGGGUGGCGGGCGGAGCUGCGAGACGGCGGCUAGACAGGGUGACCCGACUGCAUUCCUGGCCGGUGUGUCAGCGCCGCUUCCUGUCCCGGUUGCCGAGAUUUCAGAUCUUAACUCCAGAAUUGAGGCGCUCCCCUUUCAGGGAGCGAUUGGCUUCCCAGAGCGAAGGGAGCGUCAGGGGAAGGGGACGCGUUCUCUCCACCCGGGAUCGUGAGACGAUUCCGGAGCGUGGGCGAGACACCCGGGCGCCGCCUCUGUGGGCUCCUGGACUACAAUUCCCAGAGGACGCGAGGCGGGGAGGCUCCCGAUGUGUGUCGCGUACGCUGCUGGGGAUUGCAGUCCCAGCCUUGGGCGCUGUUGCUGGGAAAUCCUGCUCAGCUUCCCUGUGGGCGGGAUCCGGAGGGGCGGCGUCUGAGAAGGCUCUUCCCCGCAACGCAGGCGCUCCGGCUGGCACCAUGGACAGCGAGGCAUUCCAGACAGCGCGGGAACUUCUGGACCUGAACUUCAAGUCUCUGGCCAUGAAGCACAUGGACCUGAAGCAGAUGGAGCUGGACACGGCGGCGGCCAAGGUGGACGAACUGACCAAGCAGCUGGAGUCACUGUGGUCAGACUCUCCAGUGCUUCCUGGCUCCCAGGCCGGAGCCCCCCCUAGGCUGUCCCGAUACAGCUCCAGCCCGGUCCCUGAGCCCUUCGGCAGCCGCGGGUCCUCCCGGAAGGCGACCAGCGACGGCGCAGACACCUCGUUCGGACGCUCCGAGAGCGCCCCGGCUCUGCUCCCCUACAGCUCGCUGUCCCCUAAGGGCCGGCCGUCGUCACCGCGCACCUCGCUCUACCUGCAGCCCGACGGAUACAGCAGCCUGGACCGCGCGCCGUCGCCACGGUCCCGUGCCUUUGAUGGCGCAGGCAGCUCUCUCGGCCGUGCGCCCUCCCCACGACCCGGCCAGGGCCCUCUCCGCCAGCAGGGUCCCCCCACGCCCUUCGACUACCUGGGCCGCGCCGGCUCUCCGCGUGGCAGCCCCCUGGCGGAGGGACCCCAGGUGUUCUUCCCCGAGCGCGGACCCUCGCCGCGUCCCCCAGCCACCUACGACGCGCCGGCUGCCUUUGGGAGCCCCCUGAUGGGCACAGGAGGCAGCGCCUUCGCUCCGCCUCUGCGCGCUCAAGAUGACCUAAUGCUGCGCCGGCGGCCCCCCAAAGCCUGGAACGAGUCGGACCUGGACGUGGCAUAUGAGAAGAAGUCUUCACAGACAGCGAGCUAUGAACGCCUGGACGUCUUCUCGCGGCCCUCCUCACCGGGCCUGCAGCUGUUACCCUGGAGAGAGAGCAGCCUGGAUGGGCUGGGGGCCUCCAGCAAGGACAACCUCACCAGCGCCACCUUGCCCCGAAAUUACAAGGUCUCCCCUCUGGCCAACGACAGGCGUUCUGAUGUGGGCAGCUACCGCCGAUCGCUGGGCUCCUCGGGGCCAUCAGGCACUUUGCCCCGCAGCUGGCAGCCUGUCAGCCGAAUCCCCAUGCCUCCUUCCAACCCCCAGCCCCGUGGUGUCCCCCGCCAUCGCCCCAUCCCCCUCAGCAUGAUAUUCAAGCUUCAGAAUGCCUUCUGGGAACAUGGGGCCGGCAGGGCUGUGUUCCCUGGCUCCCCCAUCUUCUCCCGAGCUCCUCCACCUAAGCUGCCUCCCCAGCCCCAGGCAACCCCCCAGCCCCACCUACUCUCCCAGCCCCAGCCCCAACCACAGCCCCAGCUGCCCCCACAGCCCCAGUCCCAGCCACAACCCCAGCCUCAGUUCCAGCCUCAACCCUCUGCCCCAGCGCCCCAGCUCCCCCAACAGACUUGGCCCCCUAUGAGUGAAGGCCCCCCCAAACUCCCUGCUGAGCUGGAGCCUGAACCAGAGCUAGAGAGUCUGCUGGCACCAGUGUUGGAAGCUGGCGAUGCAGAUGAAGGUGCUGUAACUCGGCCCCUCAGCCCUACGCGGCUGCAGCCAGCGCUGCCACCCGAGGCACAGUCGGUACCUGAGCUGGAGGAGGUGGCACGGGUGCUGGCAGAGAUUCCUCGGCCCCUCAAACGCAGGGGCUCCAUGGAGCAGAGCCCUGCUGUAGCCCUGCCCCCCACCCACAAGAAGCAGUACCAGCAGAUCAUCAGCCGCCUCUUCCAUCGUCACGGCGGGCCUGGAGGACCUGAGCCAGAGCUGUCUCCCAUCACUGAGGGAUCCGAGGCCAGGGUGGGACCCCCUGCUCCUGCCCCACCAGCUCCCAUACCACCCCCGACCCCACCCCAGAGCAGCCCACCAGAGCAGCUGCAGAACAUGGAGAUGCGCUCCGUGCUGCGGAAGGCGGGCUCUCCGCGAAAGGCCCGCCGCGCGCGUCUCAACCCGCUUGUGCUGCUGCUCGACGCGGCGCUGACCGGGGAACUGGACGUGGUACAGCAGGCGGUAAAGGAGAUGAACGACCCGAGCCAGCCGAACGAGGAGGGCAUCACCGCCCUGCACAACGCCAUCUGCGGUGCCAAUUACCCCAUCGUGGACUUCCUCAUCGCGGCCGGCGCCAACGUCAACUCCCCCGACAGCCACGGCUGGACACCUUUGCACUGCGCGGCUUCGUGCAACGACACGGCCAUCUGCACGGCGCUGGUGCAGCACGGCGCGGCCAUCUUCGCCACCACGCUCAGUGAUGGUGCCACCGCCAUCGAAAAGUGCGACCCCUACCGUGAGGGUUAUGCGGACUGCGCCACUUACCUGGCAGACGUGGAGCAGAGCAUGGGGCUGAUGUACAACGGGCUGGUGUACGCCCUCUGGGACUACAGCGCUGAGUUUGGAGACGAGCUGUCCUUCCGCGAGGGCGAGUCAGUCACCGUGCUCCGGAGGGACGGGCCAGAGGAGACGGACUGGUGGUGGGCCACGCUGCACGGCCAGGAGGGCUACGUGCCCCGUAACUACUUCGGGCUCUUCCCCAGGGUGAAGACUCAGAGGAAUAAGGUCUAGCUGGAGAGAAGGACAUUUUCAAGGGAGACAGGAGGAAGCAGCCCUGCCUUCACUCCAGACUUCCUGCUGUAUUACUGCUGCACCUCCCUGCGCCCCAAGCCCUGCAGGGGUGGGGGUCCUUUGUCACCUGCUCUCUGCUUCCCUGGAAGCCCAGGGGGGAAGGAGAACCCCAGCCUUAACUUUAGAAACCUGUCUUAGCCGUGGGAGGUCAUUGUGGAAUCACUGGGGACAAAAGAGAACCCCAUUUGCCAAAUCAGAUCCCAUCCAAAGUGCCCCCCACUCCUACUACCACCCCCUCCCCCAACCUCUCAAAGCAAGCCAACCUACCACCCUCCUGAAGCCCAGGAAGGGUCGCCUCCACGGGCUUUCCCUGGGAGUCACCUCUGCCCCCAUUUCUCCCAGCAGCGGGGGGCAGGUGAGGCAGGUUGGUCUCUCUCCCAGGAUCUCCCCAACCAAGUGCCUUCAUUUGGUGCUGGUUUUAUAACAAAAUGGGGAAGUUUUUCUUUAUAAAUAAAGGUAGUUUGCACAGAAAUUGACUUCCUUCUAGAUUCUGUCCUGACUUAAAUGCUCAUCGCUGUUACUAUUUUGGGCAAACCAAUCUCAAAGUAGCCUCUUGUAAAUCCAAUCCUUCCUCUUUCAAAUAUGUCUGCUGUGUGUGUGUGUGUGUGUGUUUGUGUGUGUGUGCGUGUGUGGUGUCUUGAUAUUCUUUCAUUUUUUUGGAUUCUUUUAAGUCUUCAAACAUUUUAAGCAUAGUAAUUUUGUAGUACCUGUCUGAUAAUUCUGUCAUCUGACUUUUGGGACCAUCACCUGUAUUCUGUUGUCUUCUGGUUCUAACUCAUGAUGGAUUGUUCCCUUCUGUGUGUUGACAUUAUGGAUUGUGAGAUGGCUCCAAUGGGCUUUGUCUACUGGAGCUCCAUGUGGACUUGUUGAGGGUGCGACCCUGAAGAAUGAUUUUCCUUUGCUUCUGCCCUACUUCUUUAUUUCAUAAACUGCUCCUUGAGGAUUUGUGAUAAAGCAUGAGCACCUCUCUCUUUUUCUGUUUGUUGUUUGACAAAACAUAAAGCUUACAGCACUGUCAUUGUCUUUGCUGUCCAGUGCAAUCGCCACCAACCUCAUGUGACUAAAUUUACAUUAAUUAAAAUUCAAUAAAAAUCAAGGAUUCAGUUCCUCAAUCACACUAGCCACUAAUGUCUCUAGGGGGGACACCCUGUCUUUGCUUUUUCCAGGUUCUACAAGCUGCCUGCAUUCCUUGGGUACCUUCUGAAAUAGUUACGGAUGAAAUGAUAGGAUGUCUGCUAUUUGCUUCAAAAUAAUUGCCUGGUAGGAGGGGAAGUGGUUAGGGUGUAGACAAAGCAAGAUGGGCCCUGAGUUGAAAAUC